GUCAGCCGGGGUGCGUCCGGUUUGGCAGGCGCGCAGCCUCGGCUCAGUGUGGAGCGGGCGGUGGGCGCGAUGGCAGGCGUGGCCCUAAGGGUGGCCGGGCGGCAGCUGAGCCAGGGCUGCGGGUCUGGAGCCCCCAUCCUGCUGCGGCAGAUGUUUGAGCCUAAGAGCUGCACCUACACGUACCUGCUGGGUGACCGAGAGUCCCGAGAGGCCAUACUGAUCGACCCGGUGCUGGAGACGGCGCCCCGGGAUGCCCAGUUAGUGAAAGAGCUGGGGCUGCGGCUGCUGUAUGCUGUGAAUACCCACUGCCACGCAGACCACAUCACAGGCUCAGGGGCACUCCGGUCCCUACUCCCUGGCUGCCAGUCUGUCAUCUCCCGCCUCAGUGGAGCCCAGGCUGAUCUGCAUAUUGAGGAAGGGGACGCCAUCCGUUUCGGACGCUUUGCCUUGGAGACCCGGGCCAGCCCUGGCCACACCCCAGGCUGUGUCACCUUUGUCCUGAAUGAUCACAGCAUGGCCUUCACUGGAGAUGCCCUGUUGAUCAGAGGGUGCGGACGAACAGACUUCCAGCAAGGCUGUGCUAAGACCUUGUACCACUCCGUCCACGAGAAGAUCUUCACGCUUCCAGGCAACUGUCUCAUCUACCCGGCUCAUGAUUACCACGGACUCACAGUGUCCACUGUGGAGGAGGAGCGAACUCUGAACCCUCGACUCACUCUCAGCUGUGAGGAGUUUAUCAAGGUUAUGGACAACCUGAACUUGCCUGAACCUCAACAGAUAGCCUUUGCUGUUCCUGCCAACCUGCGCUGUGGGGUGCAGACCCCACCUUCCUGACCUGUCACAGGUCUCCUAACCGUUGUUAAGAAUACACUAGGUGGGGUGAAGCGAGAGGUGUCACCACUGUUCCUCUCUUUUCUCCCACCCCAACCCCACACCAGCCCCUCAAGC